AUUGUAUGCCAGCACCCUUUUAUAAUUUCAAAUUGUCAACAGGAUUUUGACAUCUCUGAACGUUCUGUGCUGUACAAUGUUGAUGAAGCAACAGUUCGAAGCCUCAAUGGGUGCAGGGUUGCUGAUCAAGUUCUGAAACUUGUUCCAAAUGCCGAGCACUUCCGGACAACACUUAGAUGUUUGAAAUUUUGGGCAAAAAGGCGUGGCGUCUAUUCAAAUGUCACUGGAUUUCUUGGUGGCGUAAAUUGGGCCCUUUUGGUUGCCCGUGUUUGCCAGUUUUAUCCCAAUGCAAUACCUAGUAUGCUGGUUUCACGGUUCUUUAGAGUCUAUACACAAUGGCGCUGGCCAAAUCCUGUGAUGUUAUGCCCUAUAGAGGAGGCUGAUCUUGGGUUUCUAGUUUGGGAUCCUCGCAAGAAUCCCAAAGAUCGAACUCAUCAUAUGCCAAUAAUUACUCCUGCAUACCCUUGCAUGAAUUCUAGUUACAAUGUUUCACCAAGUACUCUUCGUGUUAUGAUGGACCAGUUCCAAUUUGGUAACAAGAUUUGUGAGGAGAUCGAGUUGAACAAGGCACAAUGGGGUGCCCUUUUUGAGCCUUAUCUUUUCUUUGAGGUGUACAAAAACUAUCUUCAGGUUGACAUUGUUGCAGCAGACAAUUAUGAUUUGCUGGCUUGGAAAGGAUGGGUUGAAUCACGGCUUAGACAACUUACACUUAAGAUAGAGCGUGACACAACUGGAAUGCUGCAAUGCCAUCCUUACCCAAAUGAAUUUGUGGACACAUCUAAGCCAUGCCCUCAUUGCGCAUUUUUCAUGGGUUUGCAGAGGAAACAAGGAGUGCAAGUGCAAGAAGGACAGCAGUUUGAUAUUCGUGGAACUGUUGAUGAGUUUAAACAAGACGUAAGCAUGUAUUCUUAUUGGAGACCAGGGAUGGAAAUAUAUGUCUCUCAUGUACGUAGAAAGCAAAUUCCUGGUUAUGUAUUUCCUGAGGGAUAUAAGAGACAGCGGCUGUCUAGGAAUCCAACUCCGUGCAAUACUACUCCUGAGAAAGAUGCCAAAUGCUGCAAGUCUCCUGAAGACCGGCAUCCAAAGAGGAAGCAUGAAAAUGAAACAGUUGAUGCGAAUUCCAACAGACUUGGGAAGCGGACCUCUGGUAGUCCACAGCGGAUUGGGUCUGCAUCUGCUGGAUUAUCUCCAACAACAGGCAUAUGCAAGGAGUCAAAAGUCGAGCGUUUGAGUACUGGUGAUGUAGCAAGUUGUGUGCCUGGCAGUGUAAAUGAACAAUGGGAUGAAAGUGUACUUGUGUCAAGUUCCAAAAUCCACCUCUCUUGCGAGGGUAAUGUAAGCUUGGGGGAGCAAAUUUCACGGCUAGGGGAUGGAUGCCUAAGUGCAAGCAAUGUACUGGGAAGUGGCUUGCCUGACAAAUCGCAGGUGGAGUACAAAAGUUGCUCUUCCAUUUCACUGAUGCAUUUUCAUUCCUCUAUAUUUACUAACCGAAAUAUUAUCAUUGAUUAUGCACUUUCUCUUUCAGUCUUCAUUUACAUUUUCUUUUUGUUAGGAUCAUUCCGACUACUGAAGAGCUGGAAUGUUGUUGAUAUUAUUCAGAAUAUUCAUGAAGUUGGGUUCUUAAAUUUCCAAAUAAUGCUCUCAAAAGGGUAAUCGAAGCAUCAAGAGACGGGGCAAGUCCAGAACCUUUGCAGGAGCCAGCAAUAAGGCUGAGUCUGGAAUCAACAGCGUGAGUGUGGCUGGAGAACGAGUCAAACGAACGAAGCUCGUGAGCAGCAAGCAUGUCUAACGGAAAAGUGUCUACUGAUUAUGCUAGCGGAUUAAUCUCCUGUAUAUCGACCUCGACUAUUUCUGCAAGCUCUAUUUUGAAUUGGGAGCCGGGUUCUAUGAGAAUGAAGAGUUGUGGAUUUCUGUAUGCUGCAAUGGCAGUGGGAAGAGGCAAAUUUAUUGGUGGUUUUGGAGCCCUGGGUUCUACCUGACUUAUCAUUGAGAAUCUAAUUUUCUUUUUUCAAGAGAAAGCAAAAAAAAAAAAAAAAAAAAAAAAAGAAAAGGAAAGAGAAAAGAAAAGAAAAGAAAGAAGCAAUAGUACAGUUGUGUAGGCAUGAGAACUUUUUUUUUUUUUUUUUUUUUUUUUUUUUUUUUUUUUUUUUUUUUUUUGUUUGCAUUAAAUAUAGUUUUUAGGGUUGGGUUGUAACUUGUGUAGCUGUGUUCCCUGCAGAUUUGGAUGAUAGACCUUUUUUUCUCUUUAUGUAGCUCAUAUUUGGGUAUAACUAUAAUAGUCAACUUGUCAAAAAAAUGUUUGGGGAUU